UCUCUCUCUCUCCCCUUUAAUCUCUCACUUCCUCGCUUCCACCCUUAUUUUCUCGUUCAUGGCUUUCUCAUUUGUCGCCUUCUGAUCAGCUUCUUCUGUGAUGAUAAAAAUACCAAAAUUUGAGUGGGGGAAGAAUCGGAGAGAAAAAGCAGAAGCGGAGGCGUUUCUGCUUGACCCAUUUGGAUUCUCGUUAUCCUCUUCAGGUGUUCUGUGCAGGUUAUUUCUGUGAUCUUGGGCGCACCAUUGAUUAAUUUGAAAGUUGAGAAGCUGAUUAUCUGGUAAAUCAGGUUGGAUAGAUUGAAUUCCGAUGCAAGGUAACAGAAGGACUCUUGGUUCCUUUCCAGCAAUUGUAAGUAUGAUGCAGGAACCUAGUUCUAGUGGCACUGAUAUAAAUCAGCAGACUUCCUUGAAUCACAUGCAAAAUCCAGUUGAUGCUCGGUUGUCAGAUUUUCUGGGAUCCUCUAGUGAGACUGCAUGUUUACGCAACAGUGCUCCUGAUGUUCAGAACUUUGAUGGAUGGAAUGCUGGUGAACCUAGUUCUAGUAUGAAUCUUCACAGUCACGUCAAUAAUGAUGGGCUAAAAGCAGAACAUGGUUGGUCUUCUUCAUGUGGUGCUUCUGCUGAGGAUGUUCUCAGACCAGAAGAACGGCAAUUUGAUCCAAAUAAUGUAACUUUCCCUGGUAACUCGAAUGCCAACCUAUGUGGAAAUCAACCCAGAGUUCAGCCUUUCUUCUUGCAAGGUUCCAGCUCCAACCAUGGAACCCAGGAUGCUGCUUUAAAUAUGGGUUCCAUUGCCAGCCCUCUUAAUCAUGGGAAAGGAACAGAACCUUGUACCAGUGAUAGUAUUCACAAUACAUAUGGAUUCAAUAGUAAGCAUACAUCAUUUGUCAGUGCUUCAUAUGAUCAUGUAGGAACUUCAUCUGGAAGCUCUGGUUACAUUGUUGGGGAAGAUAAUGAUAAUUCAAGCUCUUCUUUGGUUAAUUGGGGUUCUUCCUGCAAGAGAAAGGCUCUUGAAAGUACUUCUGGGCAGAUGUGUAAUGGAGGAAGUUCAAGCUCUUUUCUAGAAGCUGAAAGCAGUUGCUGGCGUACUGGGACUCUCAGUUCUAAUAUUGCUUCCAGCAGUUUAAAUUUGUCUAGACCUUCUGAGGAUGUUCCUAUUAAUAAUCCUCCAGUAGAGCAGAACCCAAGAAAUGAGAUGAGGCACAUAGCUUCUGAUGCAUUCCCUUUGAUAGGAGUUACGGGAAAUGUGAACAGGCCUCUGAGAAGCUUUGAUAGGAGGAUGAAUUAUCCACAGCGACAGGAAUCUAGGCAUCCUAAUCAUUCUUCUUCCCACCAAACACCUACCUCUCAUCCAUUUAAUGAUUCUCUAGAAUUAAGGUUAACAGCUGGAGUUACAGCAAGCAAUUCUAGUUCUUUUCAGUGUCAGUCACAUGUUACGCAUGUUCCUGGUUUGCCAGGGAGCACACAUUCUCUUCCUUGGAGUGGAGCUUCUAGUUCAAGAGGUGCAAGUUCAUCUACUUCUUAUAACUCUGCGGAAAGAGAGCUUCGGGAAGAAUUGAACUUAAGAAUUUUUCCAAGAGACAAUCCAGAGCACCCCAUCCUUGCACCUUCAUCUUCUGGACUUGACCCUACCAGCUGGCAUAUUUCAUCCGGCAAUGUGAAUAAUUCUGGUAGUGCACCUCCUACUUCCUGGAUUGGAUCCAGUUCAAGUGUCAAUUCAUUACCUAAUCCAAGCUGGAUUGUUCCCCAUGAAGUUCCAACACGGAGGCAGCUAACAUUAUCAGAUUUCAGUCCCUGGUCCUUUUUUCCAUCGAUGAACUCAGUAUCUGGUAGUCAUAAUGUUCAUUCUGCCUCAUCUUCUACUUCUUCUGGUCCUCCUUCCUUUACUCCAGACAUGAGCAGCCACCACUCAUAUGCAAGAUUGGCAUCAUUGAUGGAGAGAAGAGGUGAUGAAGUUCUUAGUGCACCUCACUCAUUGCGUGCUUUAGCUGUUGACAUUGAGGGGAGACGCCGAUUGAUAUCUGAGAUUCGUCAAGUCUUAAGUGCAAUGCGCAGGGGUGAGAACUUACGAGCUGAGGAUUAUAUGCUCUUUGACCCGUUCAUAUAUCAUGGUAUGGCUGAACUACAUGAUAGGCACAGGGACCUGCGCCUUGAUGUUGAUAACAUGUCUUAUGAGGAAUUGCUGGCAUUGGAGGAGCGCAUCGGAGAUGUGAGCACUGGAUUGAGCGAGGAUACCAUUAUGACGUUGAUGAAACAUCGGAUCUACACGUCUGUCAUGACUGAGUCUUCUACAGAUAUGGAACCUUGUUGUAUCUGUCAGGAGCAAUACGCUGAUGGGGAGGAUGUAGCCUCACUAGAUUGUGGACACGAAUUCCACACCGACUGUAUCAAGCAGUGGCUAAUGCAGAAGAACCUGUGCCCUAUUUGCAAAACAACAGCCUUAGCAAGAUGAUGGAGAAUCUCUAUCAAGUUGAACCUGAAAGAACUGUCUUUUAAGACUUUAGACCUUAGCUUUAUUUCAUUUGAUGAACUUGCUGCUCCUUAUGAGUGACAGGACUUUGCCAUCUGAUGGAUAGGAAAGGAAACUCAAUUAAAAAAACGGUUAAAAAAGACAGAGUAAAGAAAUUGGUGCUUGAGUAAUAGAAUUCUGCAUAUACAUUUUCUUUUCUAAAAAAAAUAUGGAUAAUUACAGUUCAUUUAUGAUGUAAAAACCCUUGAACUUUAUCUCAAUUGUAGGUUUAUUGUUGAUGUCUGUUGAUGUAGAAUACCUUGUCUGCCUCUACUGGACACGUACGUGAUAUGCACUGGCCUGCUUUAACCCAA